AUAUGGAGGUGGGCGAGCAAUGGCUGUUUGGGUCAUAGGGAUCACGCCCAAAUCCUCGAGAGCUGUGGAGGGAGAAAGGGGUCACACGUAGUACGAGGGGGCCAGGAAAGCAGGAUCAUUUUCAGGAAGAGGAAGCUGGGGGUUCAGGCACCUAUGUCUUUUGUUUUCCGUUUUCCUGCUUCUGUUUUUCUGGGUUACUUUAUAACACUUCUGUGUCCCAGCUUUUCUACAGAUCCCUGCCCCUCCGCCUCCUCCAGGGCAAACACUUUUGUUAAGGAAAGCUUCAGCCACGUGACAGCGAGGGGCGUGCACUUACAGCUGAUUAUGUCAGCACCUGCUCGGUGGCCUCCUCACCUGCCACCUACGUUUCCAGGGAACCCUGAGAAGAACUACUCGGGUCUGGAUAGAGGGGUUCUGCCACUCCAGCUCUCCUGAACCCAGGCUGGCGCGUCAUCCCCCCCUCCAAAUCAAGCCCCUGUUCUCUUUUUAUGAUCAGUGCUCUACUUUUCUUUAUUAAAUUGUAAUUUGUUGCGUCCUCUCCUCCCGAGGCUCCCCCACCCCCAGGCUCCCUCUCCCUUCCCUCUCCCUGAUAGAAACAAAGUCAUCACGUUUUACCGACAGUCUACUGUGUGUCAAGUCCUGACGGAGACUGACUCACUGCUGAGAGGACAGUAAAUGAGCCGGUGGCUGCUCGAACUUUACCUUUCUUUUCCUAAGCAGCAGGAAUUAAAAACCCUUACCACCCCACGUUUUCCUGCCCAGGGCCUCAACUGCCCUCUCUGCUGCCCGCUUUGUAAUCCUGGUUUCCUGGCCCCCACUUUGGGGGCAGCCCUAAAUGUGGGUGGGUGGCUGCAUCCUCUGCUGAGAGGCAGAGCUAGUCACCAAGUAGGCUGCCUGGAGACCUUUUCCCUGAUUGGCCAUCGAAGCACCUGCUUUUGUUUCCUUUCAUAGUAGCCAUUGGCUCUCCCCGCCCUUUCCACUAUCUGUAUCCCUCCCAUCCCCCACUCACCCCUUAACGACACGUGGACCCUCAGUUGCCCUUCUCCCGGGAUCUGAAGUGUCAGAGGAAGGGAUUAGAUUCUUCAUGACAAGGUCGAGGAGAAGCCAGGGAAUAUCAGUCUAGGCUUUCCUCUCUCCCACUUCCCAUGGCUAUCAGACAUUUCAUUCAACUGGCUCCAGGACAGGUGUCUUGGUCUGCAAGGCUGCUCAGUUCAGGAAGGAGGUUUCUCUCGAGCAACCACUGUGGCCCAGACAUUGUCCCUGAAAUGUCCCUCCUUCACUUCUCUUUCAUCAUUCACUGUGCGAGGCACCCGGAGCCCAUUGGCUGACUGAGCGGUGUCUGAGGCCCUUCAGCCCAGCACCAGCACCCAAGUCCACGUGCAAGGAUGUGUGUGACACAGCCCUGACCUCAGUGGGAGCCAGUAGCCAAUCAGGUGCCAGGGAGAGAGCCUUAGCCAACUGGGGGCGGGGCCUGCGGCUCUUCGGGCAGAAGGCCAAUGAGGGGCAGGGCCUGGCAUUAUGCAACCCGCCUCUCAGGCUCCCGGAGCUUCUCGGUUGCGGGCUGAAACGGCAGGCGGCUGGAGGGCGCUCGAACGGCCAGGUGCUGUGAUUAAAUUAGUCAGCCCUCAGGGACAGGGCUACCUCCCUUCUCCAGGCCUCAGAAGUCCCGCUGUGCACCCGUGGUGGCCUCUGCACCUUCUCUGUUCCGCCCUCCAGUGCAUGGCCCAGACAUGAGCGGCCCCCUAGAAGGGGCUGAUGGGGGAGGAGACCCCAGGCCCGGAGAACCUUUUUGUCCUGGAGGAGUCCCAUCCCCUGGGCCCCCACAGCACCGGCCUUGUCCAGGCCGCAGCCUGGCUGAUGACACGGAUGCAAACAGCAAUGGUUCAAGUGGUAAUGAAUCCAACGGCCAUGAGUCCAGGGGCGCAUCUCAGCGGAGUUCCCACAGCUCCUCUUCUGGCAAUGGCAAGGACUCGGCCCUGCUGGAGACCACUGAGAGCAGCAAGAGUACAAACUCUCAGAGCCCAUCCCCACCGAGUAGUUCCAUUGCCUAUAGCCUCCUGAGUGCAAGCUCGGAGCAGGACAACCCGUCUACCAGUGGCUGCAGCAGUGAACAGUCAGCUCGAGCCAGGACCCAGAAAGAACUCAUGACUGCACUGCGGGAGCUCAAACUUCGACUGCCACCAGAACGUCGGGGCAAGGGCCGCUCUGGAACCUUGGCCACACUGCAGUAUGCCUUGGCCUGUGUCAAGCAGGUGCAGGCUAACCAGGAAUAUUAUCAGCAGUGGAGUCUGGAGGAGGGUGAGCCUUGUGCCAUGGACAUGUCUACUUACACCCUGGAGGAACUGGAGCAUAUCACAUCCGAAUACACUCUUCGAAACCAGGAUACCUUCUCUGUGGCCGUCUCCUUCCUGACAGGCCGGAUUGUCUAUAUUUCGGAGCAGGCAGGUGUCCUGCUGCGUUGCAAGCGGGAUGUGUUUCGGGGUGCCCGCUUCUCAGAGCUGCUAGCUCCCCAGGAUGUGGGUGUCUUCUAUGGCUCCACUACACCAUCUCGACUGCCCACCUGGGGCACUGGGACCUCUGCAGGUUCAGGCCUCAAGGACUUCACCCAGGAAAAGUCUGUCUUCUGCCGAAUCAGAGGAGGUCCUGACCGGGAUCCAGGGCCUCGGUACCAGCCAUUCCGCCUCACCCCAUAUGUGACCAAGAUCCGGGUCUCAGAUGGGGCCCCUGCACAGCCAUGCUGCCUACUCAUUGCAGAGCGCAUCCACUCUGGUUAUGAAGCUCCCCGGAUCCCUCCUGACAAGAGGAUCUUCACCACACGGCACACACCCAGCUGCCUCUUCCAGGAUGUAGAUGAAAGGGCUGCACCCCUGCUGGGCUACCUCCCCCAGGAUCUCCUGGGGGCUCCAGUACUUCUCUUUCUGCAUCCUGAGGACCGACCUCUCAUGCUGGCCAUCCAUAAGAAGAUCCUGCAGCUGGCAGGCCAGCCCUUUGACCACUCUCCUAUUCGCUUCUGUGCUCGGAAUGGGGAGUAUGUCACCAUGGACACCAGCUGGGCCGGCUUUGUACACCCCUGGAGUCGCAAGGUGGCUUUCGUGUUGGGCCGCCAUAAAGUCCGCACGGCACCCCUGAAUGAGGACGUCUUCACUCCUCCAGCCCCCAGCCCGGCUCUGUCCCUGGACUCUGAUAUACAGGAGCUCUCAGAGCAGAUCCACCGACUGCUCUUGCAGCCUGUGCACAGCUCCAGCCCCACAGGGCUCUGUGGAGUGGGCCCUCUGACGUCCCCCGGCCCUCUACCUAGCCCUGGCUCCUCCAGUGACAGCAAUGGGGGUGACACCGAGGGGCCUGGGCCUCCUGCUCCAGUGACUUUCCAGCAGAUCUGUAAGGACGUACAUCUGGUCAAGCACCAGGGACAGCAACUCUUCAUUGAGUCCCGGGCCAAGCCCCCACCUCGGCCCCGUGUCCUUGCUACAGGGACAUUCAAGGCCAAAGUCCUUCCCUGCCAGUCCCCAAACCCUGAAUUGGAGGUGGCCCCUGCUUCUGACCAAGCCCCUCUAGCAUUGGCCCCUGAGGAGUCAGAGAGGAAAGAAGCCUCCGGCUGUUCCUACCAGCAGAUCAACUGCCUGGACAGCAUCCUCAGGUAUUUGGAGAGCUGCAACAUUCCCAGCACAACAAAGCGCAAAUGUGCCUCCUCCUCCUCCUGCACUGCUUCCUCAGCCUCUGACGAUGACAGGCAGCGGGCAGGCCCAGUUCCUGUCGGGGCCAAGAAAGAUCCGACGCCAGCAGUGCUGUCUGGGGAGGGGGCCACUCCUCGGAAGGAGCCCGUGGUGGGAGGCACCCUGAGCCCGCUCGCCCUGGCCAAUAAGGCAGAGAGCGUGGUGUCUGUCACCAGUCAGUGUAGCUUCAGCUCCACCAUCGUCCAUGUGGGAGACAAGAAGCCCCCGGAGUCGGACAUCAUCAUGAUGGAGGACCUACCUGGCCUAGCCCCUGGCCCAACCCCUAGUCCGGCCCCCAGCCCCACAGUAGCCCCUGACCCAGCCCCAGAUGCUUAUCGCCCAGUGGGUCUGACCAAGGCUGUGCUGUCUCUACACACGCAAAAGGAAGAGCAAGCCUUCCUCAGCCGUUUCCGAGACCUUGGCAGGCUGCGUGGACUUGACAACUCUUCUGGGGCCCCCUCAGCCCCUGGCGAGCGAGGCUGCCACCAUGGCCCCAUGCCCCCUGGUCGCCGACACCACUGCAGAUCUAAAGCAAAACGUUCUCGCCACCACCAGACCCCCCAGCCUGAAACUCCCUGCUGUGUUUCCCAUCCCUCGCCCGGGCCCUCUUCUGGACCCUGGCCACCCUCACCAGCCACUACCCCCUUCCCAGCAGUGGUCCAGCCCUACCCACUCCCAGUGUUCCCCCCUCGAGGAGGUCCCCAGCCUCUCCCCCCUGCCCCCACAGCUGUGCCCCCUGCUACUUUCCCUUCUCCCUUGGUGACCCCAAUGGUGGCCUUGGUGCUCCCUAACUAUCUCUUCCCUACCCCACCUAGCUAUCCAUAUGGGGUAUCCCAGGCCCCUGCUGAGGGGCCACCUACCCCUGCCUCCCACUCACCUUCCCCAUCCCUGCCUCCACUGGCCCCCAGCCCCCCACACCGCCCAGACUCCCCACUGUUCAACUCAAGAUGCAGUUCCCCACUCCAGCUCAAUCUGCUGCAGCUUGAGGAAUCCCCCCGCACAGAGGGGGGUGCUGCUGCUGUGGGGGGCCCUGGAAGCAGUGCUGGGCCCCUGCCUCCCAGUGAGGAGGCUGCUGAGCCAGAGGCCAGACUGGUGGAGGUGACCGAGUCCUCCAAUCAGGAUGCACUUUCAGGCUCCAGUGACCUGCUGGAGCUUUUGCUACAAGAAGACUCUCGCUCUGGCACAGGCUCUGCAGCCUCAGGCUCCGCAGCCUCAGGCUCUCUGGGCUCUGGCCUGGGCUCUGGGUCUGGUCCAGGGUCCCACGAAGGAUGCAGCACCUCAGCCAGCGUUACUCGCAGCAGUCAAAGCAGCCGCACAAGCAAGUACUUUGGUAGCAUCGACUCUUCAGAGGCUGAGGCUGGCGCUGCUCAGGCCAGGACUGAGCCUGGGGACCAGGUCAUUAAGUAUGUGCUCCAGGAUCCCAUCUGGCUGCUCAUGGCCAAUGCUGACCAGCAUGUCAUGAUGACUUACCAGGUACCCUCCAGGGACACAGCCUCUGUGCUGAAGCAAGACCGGGAGAGGCUCCGGGCCAUGCAGAAGCAGCAGCCACGGUUCUCAGAGGACCAGCGGCGGGAACUGGGUGCUGUGCACUCCUGGGUCCGGAAGGGCCAGCUGCCUCGGGCCCUUGAUGUGAUGGCUUGUGUGGACUGUGGUAGCAGCAUUCAAGAUCCUGGCCAUUCUGAUGACCCACUCUUAUCAGAACUGGAUGGAUUGGGGCUGGAGCCCAUGGAGGAGGGUGGAGGCGAGGGUGGUGGUGGUGGUGGUGGUGGUGGUGGUGGUGGUGGUGGUGGUGAGUGUGACGGUGGUGAGGAGGCCCAAGCCCAAAUUGGGGCUAAGGGCCCCAGCUCUCAGGACUCUGCCAUGGAGGAAGAAGAACAAGGAGGAGACUCACCCAGUCCAGCUUUACCUGCAGAAGAAAAUGGCACCAGCUAGACUCCAUUUGGGGGCCACUUGCAGCAGCCUAUGAGAGGCUUCCUUUCCAACCAUGUUAGGGUUCUUAGAACUCAAGAUAUGGCUGGACCAACCGAUAGGAAACUGCCCCAGCUUCUCCCAACAUAGGGGGCAGGACCCCCACUACCAGCCCAGGACCCAGGCAGGAGCUGCCUCUAAGCCUCUUAGCAAAGAGUGGGAGUUUCAGCCCAAUUUGGAAGAUUGUCCAUUCCCACCCUGCGGAGGAGACCUUUCCUCAUCCGGUUAAGAUGGCUGACAAGCUGCUGAAGUGGUCUCUCCAAAUCUCAGCUGAGCCUGAGUCCCAGUCGGAGGGUUGGGGCUGCACUUAUUUAUUGGGGGAGACAGCUCACUCUCCUACCUCAUCCCAAGAUGGGAGGGGGGAGCCUGGGGUCCAUGUAGGACCCAGGGGUUUUGAACCCCUGGCUGCUCCAGGGUGGGGGAGGUUGGUGGACCAUGGAGUCCCUGGUGCUGUCCCUCAGGUGGGACCCAGGUGUUCUCAGCUCUACCCUCUACCAAUGGCAUUUGUGUUUUUGA